AUGAACGCAUUUCGCCUGGUGGGUGACAUGGCGCACUUAGCGAGCUUCCUCGUACUGCUAUUAAAGUUACUGGCUUCUCGUUCCGCUAAUGGUAUUUCUCUCAAGACGCAAGAGCUUUUUUUCCUCGUGUUUAUCACACGUUAUGUGGAUCUUUUCCUUCACUUUGUUAGUGUUUACAACACGAUCAUGAAGCUACUUUUCUUGCUCUUUUCGGGCGCUAUUGUCUACGUCAUCCGCUUCAAGGAACCCUUUCGUAGCACGUACGACAAGUCACACGAUGCCUUCCUGCAUUUCAAGUUUGCUGUCUUGCCCUGUGCACUACUGGCACUUGUUUUUAAUGAGCAGUUUGAGGUCAUGGAGAUUCUAUGGACCUUUUCUAUCUACCUCGAGGCCGUGGCCAUCAUUCCGCAGCUCAUUUUGCUGCAGCGUCAUGGAGAAGUGGAGAAUCUCACGAGCAAUUAUGUUGUUUUGCUGGGAAUCUACCGAGGAUGCUAUGUGCUGAACUGGAUCUACCGUGCUGCAACCGAGUUGUCCUACCACUUUAUUUGGCUCAUGUUCAUUGCUGGUAUGGUGCAGACGGCGCUCUACGUCGACUUUUUCUACUACUAUGCUGUCAGCAAAUACCACGGCAAGAAGAUGACAUUGCCCUCUUAA